UUCCAUCAAACAGUACACGCUUCCUCGGGGCAAUGAAGAUCGAAUGACUGCCGCCAUUUUAAGCUAUGGCGAGUGUUUGGGCCCUGGAUCGCGCGGUGGAUGUCACAGAGGAGCUGCAUGCGCGGAAGGUAGCAUCACUGCUGAACUCGCAAAACAGGCUUCGCUGUGCCAACGCGGCGCUCAAGCGCGACGACCUGGCACGGAAAGAGGCGUCCAGCGGCCGAGGUGCCGCCUUGGCCCGGGCAGAGCAGGAGCUGCUUCAGCAGGAUGCCGUGCUUCGGGCUUUCUACAACUACCUGGGCAAGGCCUUUGAGGCAUUUGACCUUCCCAGAUGGCCUUCUGCUUCGAUGAACGCCAGCGAUAUCCCCUGCCGGGUGCUCCUGAGCCAAUGGCAGGUGAAACAGGUGCUGGGCGACAAGGGCGAGGAGAACCUGAAGCGGCUGCGAAUGACCAGCGGUGCCAAUGUGCAGCUGCUUCGAGGACCACUCCUCCCAGCUGCCUUCCGAGCUCGAGACGAGUUUCUGGCGGUGCUUUGGGCAGACGACGGAGUUCGCUUGCGGCGUGCCCUCAAUGGGUUGCUGGAGCGUGCCUAUGCCAAGCGGCAGGUAGGAAACCUUCGGAAGGAAGACGAACCAGACUCUCAUGUUCUGGAGGUGAUGAUACCAGAAGUGGCAUGUCGCCACCUCAUUGGUGCUCGUGGUGACCGGAUCAAACUGUUGCGGGAGGAGUCACGCUGUGAGAUUCACAUGUCACCUGGGAACGUGGCUGGCAUCGCUGCCCAGCGGCGGGUCAAGUGCAAUGGGCUGGUGCCCAGCCUCGCUGAAGCAGUCGCUCGCAUCCAUGAGGUGCUGGUGGAGUUUGCGGAAAUCGGCAUUUUGAGCCUCCGCCACUUCGAUCUUCAGGAGGUGUCGACCGGAGUGCAGGAGACCAAUGAAGGGCAUGUCACCUCGCGAUUCCUGGGGCCUGGCUUGGCUGGCAUCUCUCGGAGGGAGGCACGCAAUGCGCGGAUUGCUGUGCGGCAGCUGGUCUCUGCAGAGGAAUGCGGUUGGCUCAUUGGCAAGCGUGGCAACAAGAUCCACAAACUCCGGGAGCUUGCAUUGGUGUCUACCCGGGAGGCUGAUGCCGAGGUAUGCAAUGGUGGCCCACGAUCUGUUGUGGAGAUUUUUGGAGCUCCAAUCGCCAAGUGCAUUUGUGUGCUGCAGUUGAUCGUGGAUGACCUGGAGCUCUUCCCGGAAGUCCAACCCUGCACCAGCCUCCUGGUGCCUGCCAGCCUGGCACCUUUCCUCACCGGUUUGGAUGAGGCAGCGAGCAAGGGAUGUGAUGCCCGUGUUCUCGCUGGAGGAAAUUGGUUCCUUCUGGAGCUCCGUGGCACUGCGCAGCAGCGGCUCUUGGGGGCACAAGCGGCACACGAGGCCGUGGAAGCUGCUGCGGCGGAACGUGA